UUUUGCACCACGUGUGCGAUUGCGUCGAAUACUGAGGACACACCCACAGUUUCCGGCAUGAUGGACCGACGGGGAACUUUACAUGUAUUUAUAGAUAUAAAUAUGUUGAUUUAAGCUUUGUGGCGUUUGGCAUAUAAAAUAGACAUUUAAGGUUAGAACGACAAAUGGCCAGUAGACUGAGUUUGAAAAUAUAACGAGUGUGUCGUCGGGUGUUAGCUUGCUAUGCUAAAUGGUAGCAUUGCGGCUUGACAAGGAGGAUGGCGACCACGAAGUCCAGUAGUGUGUUGGAGAUGUUUGAAGGAGGAAACAACGUGGUCAGAAUUUGUGCACCGAUGGUUCGAUAUUCAAAGCUGGCUUUCAGAUCCUUGGUGAGGAAAUAUCACUGUGAUAUCUGCUUCACUCCGAUGAUAGUUGCUUCUGACUUUGUGCGAUCUGUCAAAGCCAGAGACAGCGAAUUCACCACAAAUGACUGUGACAGACCCCUGAUUGUGCAGUUUGCUGCUCAUGAUGCCCAGACUCUGGCUGAUGCCGCCUGUGCAGUUGCGCCUUUCUCAGAUGGAGUUGACCUCAACUGUGGAUGUCCCCAGAGAUGGGCCAUGUCAGCAGGUUAUGGUGCUUGCCUUAUCAAUAAGCCUGAGCUGGUUAAAGAUAUGGUCAAACAUGUGAGGAACCAAGUGGACAAUCCUAAAUAUACAGCGUCCAUUAAAAUAAGAAUCCACAACGACCUGAGAAAGACAGUUGAUCUGUGCCAGAAGGCCGAGUCAGCAGGUGUAUCCUGGAUAACGGUGCACGGUCGCACAUCGGAGGAGCGCCAUCAGCCUGUCCAUUAUGACGCCAUAAAGAUAGUCAAAGACAGCGUGUCCAUACCUGUCAUUGCCAAUGGGGACAUAAAAUACCUACGUGAUGUGGAGUCCAUUCACCGGCUCACUGGUGUUGAUGGUAGGCUUAAAAACAUGACGCUGCAAUGGACUGCUGUAGCACUCUUCCUCUAUAUAGAGAUUGGCAUCCUUGUUAUUCUCUGUUUACCCUUCAUCUCUGCUAAGAGGUGGCAGGGCGUAUUCAAUUUGAGGAUCUGGAGUCCAGUAGCCCAGUUUUGGAACAAAGUGUUUCUUACAAUGAUUGUUAUACUUAUCGUCCUAUUUCUUGAUGCAGUCCGUGAGGUGCGGAAGUAUUCCAUUAAAAACCUCGGCACGGAUGCCAAACUGCAGCCCAACAUGUUUGACCACAUGCACAUGAAGCUUUUCCGGGCUCAGAGGAAUCUUUACAUCUCUGGCUUUGCCGUCUUCCUUUGGCUGGUUAUGAAGCGAGUGGUCACUUUGAUUAAUCAGCUGGCUUCCGUGUCGGGGACCACUGCUGCACUUCAGGCACAGGCUGAAAAUGCAAACAAAGCUGCUAAAAAGCACUUGGAGGACAACGAGCUGUUGAAGAAGACUCUGAUGGAGGCGACGGGAGAUAAAGCAACUGCAGAAGGCAUGGAGCUGUUGAGGAAAGAGGUGGAGAAACUGAAAGAGGAAGUAAAGACAUCAGAGGAUGCCCUGAAGAAGUCCAAGUGUGAUGCAGAUGGACUGAAGAAGCAGACGGACGGUCUUGCCAGGGAGUAUGACAGACUGCUGAAAGAACAUCAGGAGCUUCAGAAUCUUCAAAAUGAUGUAAACAAAAAGGACGACUGAAGCAGCUCCCCAAAACAACAGCAAUGAGUUUUUGCAUUGAUGCCUCCUUUUUUUCCUCUUUUGUUCCCCCCGACACCUGACUAUCUUAAAGGAGAGUUUCCAGUUUCUGCC